AAAAGAGAAUUGGGUUUUUGGAGAUAAGAAGAAGUGGGAACUUGAAUGGCUUCCUUAUCCACUUCCGUUGUAGCUUCGGCUUCGUCGCGUCUAUGGAAUCCUGCUUCCAAUGGCAAAAUUGGUGUUCCUUCCGCUUCGCUCACUCUGCGUAAUGGUUCGAGACGGAGUCAGUGUGCUCUCAGCUCUUCCGCUUCUUCGCAGCUUCUCCACUGCUCGUUUCUCUCUUCACCUCUCUCCCUAGCGUCACCAUUUUCUGGUUUGUCCAUCGCGUUCGAUCUCAGCGGUCAAACUAGUGGACUGAAUGGUCAGAGACGAAGAGGCCUUGUGGUGAGAGCUGGAAAAGCUGCUCUGUGUCAAACAAAGAGAAGCAGAUCAAGAAAAUCUCUGGCUAGGACUCAUGGUUUCCGUAGGAGGAUGAGGACCACUAGUGGUAGAGCAACCAUUAAGCGCCGACGUGCCAAGGGACGUUGGAACCUCUGUCCCAAGUCCAACCCUAGCAGUGGCAAACGGGCUUGAGUGUUCUCUAUCUGUAAUCUUGUUUGAUAUUUUUUUUUGUUUGCCUGAAGAUACAAUGAGAAACAUGAUUUGAUCAGAUUUUAUGAGCUCUUUUCUGUGUUUAGCUCUUUUAUGCAUUCUUGAUUUUGUUAUAAGUAA